AUCACCGUCAUGUCUUUUCUUCUGCAUCCGCCAUCACACGGUGGUGUAUUUGCAUUAGGAAAUAGCAUUGCCCGCCAUGCCGAGAGAGCAUUUACGCCCAAGCAUGUAUUGGCGCCGAUUGUAUCACCUUGUUCGUGGCGCAGUGUCAUACAGCUAGAACAUUCUGCGCGAGCGUUUUGCGCAUCCGGCCAUGCAAAUCUGAGGAUCAAUAAAGCGCGCUUGAUGGACGAUAUCCAUGCUACUAGCUCUUGGGGACAAGGCGAGAGAUGGGGCCGUGGUCCUACUGAGAUUGGCAUGGCUCGUUUGUCUCUCUCUGACGCAGACAUGCACGUCCGUGACUGGUUUCGAGCCACGACAGAAGGUUUGGGAUGUGAAGUCUCUGUUGACGCCAUGGGUAAUCAAUUCGCUGUACGGCCUGGUAGAUCCAGUGGCGCCGCGACUUUCGCAGGUUCUCAUUUAGAUACGCAACCAUCGGGAGGUCGUUACGAUGGCAUUUUGGGCGUUUGUGCCGCGGUGGAGAUGUUAAAGGUUCUCAACGACAAUGCCGUCGAGACUCGCUUUCCUGUUGGCGUGGUAAAUUGGACAAACGAAGAGGGUGCCCGCUUUCCCAUGUCGAUGGUAUCUUCUGGCGUUUGGGCCGAGGAAAUACCUCUAGAAAAGGCCCACAACCUGAAGUCGGUCAUCCCGCCUAAUGACCUCGCAACCAUGAAGUCGGAGCUUGAACGAAUCGGGUACCUGGGCAUCCUGCCGGCGAGUUUCAGAAGCAUGCCAAUGGCUGCCCACUUCGAGCUUCAUAUCGAACAAGGGCCGAUCUUGGAGGCUGAAGAUCGCCGGAUUGGCAUAGUCACUGGUGUACAAGCAUACAAGUGGUUUACCAUCACUGUCCGUGGACGUGACAGUCAUACCGGAGCUACAAGCUUUCAGCAUCGCGCGGAUGCUUUGCUCACUUCGGCAAAAAUGAUCCUUGCAAGCCACAAGAUCGCGAAGCAGCAUGACGCAUUGGCCAGCACUGGUAUCUUGGCGCUGAAGCCCGGGUCCACGAACACUGUGCCCGGGUUCGUUCAAUUCAGCUUGGACAUUCGGUCACCGUCCGACGACGUCGUUGACGCUGUGGUCGAGGGAUGCAAAAUCGCGUUUGACCAAAUCGCCGCCAACCUCGACGCUGAAGGCGUCAACCAAGGUUGUGCCCAAAGCGAUCGCAAGUGCGAGGUUGAAUGGCAACAAGACUUCCAGUCUCCGGCCACCAAAUUUCAGGAAGAAUGCAUUGCUUGCGUCACCGCAGCCGGGCAAGCUCUGUAUGGCGCGGAUAUCGCACAAGGCUCGGAUAUUGGUACUUGGGGUAAGUUGAUGACUAGUGGUGCAGGGCAUGACUCUGUUUACACAAGUAGGCGAUGCCCUUCAUCCAUGAUUUUCGUCCCCUGCAGAGAGGGUGUGAGCCACAAUCCGGCCGAGUAUUCAAGCCCCGAAGCCUGUGAAGAUGGCGCAAAUGUAUUACUAGGGGCUGUGCUACGAUUUGAUCAACGACGCAAAGCAUGAUCUACUGUCCAGCGAAAUACGGCAAUUUGGCAAUAGUUUAGCAUUGUGAUAUGCAACAUCAUUUC